AUGAGCGGUCGGACCAUUGCUGCCGGCUUUCGGCGGGCGACGCGACGCGAUUCUGUCCAUGCCGUUCGACAACUGCAUAAAAUACCAACCGGAGGCUUAUUACGAGCAGAUACAUCGAUUAGCGCAGCUAGAAAACGUGCGUGGAUCGACGGAAACUAUUUUCACAACGCUGUAUCUGUUCGAAAUGCCUCAUUCGCCAGGUUUUUACCAAAGCUGGUCGUCAAGUUUGCUAGAAUCCCAGCCAUGUUCGGAGGCUUGGCUGUUGCAGCCUUCGCAUGGGUUCAGUAUCAAGCGACUCAGGCUGGUAACUAUGCGAUUGAGCUUUUCAGCACCACCAGAGAUGCUGUCACCUCUACGGCAACAAGUCUGUUUGACACUGCCAAAGACGUGGCUGCCCAGACUCGGCAAGGCUGGGAUAGUACCACAGAGAAGGUGGAGACUCCCGAGUGGUUGAAGAAGAUUUUACGAAUACAUGAAGAAGUUGGUACUGGGGGUCCUGGCGGUCCUGGUGGCGAUGAGAACCCGAAACAUAGUAGAGCUGGCGGAGCUGUGGCCGUAGGUGCCUCUGCUGCCGCAUAUGCCUACGGCAACUCGGACGAAAAGGACCCAAGGGACGAGGAGGAGGUGGUAAGGGAUGACCAGAUGAUGAUUCUGACUCGGAAAAUGAUCGAAAUACGAAGCAUACUCCAGAAAGUCGGGCAAUCGAGCUCGCUGACAUUGCCGUCCAUCGUGGUUAUCGGCUCUCAGUCAUCCGGAAAGAGCUCAGUCUUAGAAUCUAUCGUGGGACAUGAAUUCCUUCCAAAGGGCUCAAACAUGGUCACCCGGAGACCGAUCGAGCUCACACUUGUCAAUGUGCCCGGCUCCGAGGAAGAGUACGGAGAGUUUCCAGACUUGGGAUUAAGACGUAUCUCGGAUUUUUCAUCCAUUCAGAGAACUCUGACGGAACUCAACAUGGCUGUUUCCGACACAGAAUGCGUUUCCGACGAUCCUAUUCACCUGACCAUAUAUUCCCCAAAUGUCCCGGAUUUGUCCCUCAUCGACUUGCCAGGUUACAUACAAGUUAUCGGUCAAAAUCAACCUUCACAGCUGAAGCAGAAGAUCUCAGAAUUAUGCGACAAGUAUAUUCAGCCUCCCAACGUCAUCCUCGCCAUAUCAGCAGCUGACGUGGAUCUUGCAAACUCGGCUGCUUUGCGGGCGUCUCGUAGAGUUGAUCCAAGGGGUGAACGAACCAUCGGGGUCAUAACCAAAAUGGAUCUGGUCGACCCGAGCCGAGGGGCUGCAAUUCUCAAUGACAAGCAAUAUCCUCUAAGAUUAGGAUAUGUUGGGGUGGUGUCCAAAGCGCCGCCCACGCAAAGCUUAUUCAAGUUGGGUCCAACCAACCUGAUGUCGGCGAUCGCUAAGCAUGAAAACAGCUUUUUCGCUUCACAUCCCCAAGAGUUUGGCCCAAAAGCAGGUGUCAGUGUGGGUACGACUAGAUUGCGUAAGAAGCUCAUGCAUGUGCUCGAGCAAACCAUGUCAUCCAGUCUACAGAGCACGACUGAUGCCAUAAGGCAAGAGCUCGAAGAAGCUACGUACGAGUUCAAAGUGCAAUAUAAUGACCGACCGCUUUCCGCGGAGUCGUACCUAGCGGAAAGCUUGGAUGCUUUCAAACAUUCGUUCAAACAGUUUACCGAUGAGUUUGGCCGGCUGCAAAUGCGACAACUACUUAAGGCCGAGCUGGAUCAAAAAGUCCUGGAUCUUCUUGCCGCCAGGUACUGGAACAAGCCCAUAACAGAUCUGGCCGUCUCUCCGAUAGAGCCCGACAACAUCGCUGAUCUUCCAAAGGCCGAUCCUGACUCGUUAUACUGGCACCGCCAGUUGGAUGCUUCAUCUUCAGCACUUACAAAACUUGGAGUCGGGCGUCUCGCCACCACGGUCGUCGCUUCUGCUUUGCAAAGCCACGUUGAUCAAUUGCUCAACAAGUCUAACUUUGCAACGCACCCUUUCGCUCGCCAAACGAUUUUAGACGCGGCAUCAAGCAUUCUUGGCGAGAGAUUCUACAGUACCAGCGAUCAGGUUGAAAACUGCAUCAAACCCUUUAAGUUUGAGAUUGAUAUUGAGGAGCGCGAAUGGACCCAGGGUCGGCAGCAUAUUGCAGAUGUCCUCAAAAAGGAAUUGCAUGACUGCGAAUCAGCACUUAGUAGUCUGGAACCGUCGUUCGGUGGGCAUCGGAAGAUGAAAGAAGUCAUGAGCUUCAUUGAUAAGGCACGGAAAGGCGAUGUUGUAAUCGAAGGAGAUGGCCAUAGCGGUGCUGGUGGCUUCAGCGCUGCUCUCCUCGUCAAAGGGCGAGAGGCGUUAUUCCUUCGCGAUCGCGAAGACAUAAUUAAGAUGCGGCUCAUGGCAAUCAAAUCCAAACAAUGCGCAUCUGUUAAAAACAAGUACUACUGCCCCGAGAUUUUCCUUGAUGCUGCCGCAUCGAAGCUUGCCUCUACAGCAGUACUUUUUCUCAACGUAGAACUACUGUCUGAAUUCUACUACAAUUUUCCAAGGGAGCUAGACCUCCGUCUUGGCCGACACCUGACAGAAUCUGAAGUGGAGAGAUUUGCUAAAGAAGACCCAAAAAUCCGGCGUCAUCUCGAGGUUAUUCGAAGAAAAGAGCUACUCGAGCUUGUACUUGAGAAGAUGGACAGCUUGAGACAGCUUGAAGGCAAAGAGCGUGAACGAUUGGUUGGGGGCCGAAGACGCGAUGGGGAGAAGCAGCGUGCUAGAUAA